CUUGGACUGGCGACGCGUCUGGCCGCGUCAGCUCCUCCUUCACGUAUCUCUCGCCCUCUCACCAUGAAUUCCUUCGCGGAUCGCUUCUCAACCACUGGAACCGCGGCGGGGCUACGAAGAAUGAAAGAAUAUGUUGCUGAUGAAGAAGACGUCUCCGACUCCAUGUGGGGUUCUGAAGCCGGCUUUGGUGGCAUGGCCAAUGGCGCGCCCAGCUUCAUGGUCCCAUCAGUCCCGGAUCCCGCAGCAUUCUUGCAGUUGCACACAGAUGACCAUGCGGACCCGUCCUGCAAGAUAAAGAUCAAGCACGGAACGACGACCCUCGCGUUCAGAUAUAAAGGGGGAGUUAUCGUUGCAGUGGAUUCGCGGGCUACCGCGGGGAGCUACGUUGCAUCCGGGACGGUGAAGAAGGUUAUCGAGAUCAACCCAUACCUACUCGGAACCAUGGCCGGUGGUGCCGCCGACUGUCAAUACUGGGAGACAUACCUCGGAAUGCAAUGCCGAUUGCAUGAACUCCGCAACCGCGAGCGGAUUUCAGUAGCUGCCGCGAGCAAGUAUUUGAGCAAUCUCGUCUACAGUUACAAAGGUAUGGGGCUAAGUAUGGUGAGUCACUCGGUCUCCUUGUAUACUGCAUCCCCUAAGACGUCUCUGAAUAGGGCACCAUGAUCUGUGGCUGGGACAAGACGGUGCGUUUUGCCUGUGGUGAAGCUGUUUUGCUCCCUACUUAAUAUUCGACGCAGGGUCCCGCCAUCUUUUACGUCG